AUGAAAAAAGAAGAGGAAUGUGUCGAAACCCUCAAGAUAUUCUUCACCCCGCCAAUAGUCGACAUCAACAGUGGCACGAUGGAUGAGGCUGCCGAAGCUAGUGACCUUUCCAGGCCGCUAAUAUCAGCUUAUCACGAGAUCCAGGUCUUCUGCGACUGCCUGUCCCUCCCAAUCUUAGACAUCGAAAAUAUUGUUAAGGACCUCGAGGAAUCUGUCUCUGCUCAUCAUGAGGCAGGAAAACAUGAGCAAGAGGAGGCUGGCAACCGACCAUUGGGACCAGGAUAUAUCUCUGCUUUCGACGUCGCCAACUCGCUCCAGACCUCGGGAUACCAGGAUCCUGGACGCCUGCCUACAAGUGUUGAAGACCGCUUUCUGCCUAACGAGAUGUUCCACCAAGGUGGCGAGAAAGAGGACCAAAAGACCGGUACGGGCCCCGUCGCAGUGCCCGGCAGCAACAUCACCUUGAUCCUCGGUAGGAAGCUCAGAGAUGGUAGAGUCAUUGACUGCAGCCCACCAAGGGACAGACUCACUUUCACUGUCGGAGAUGAUUGCAUGGACACCGAUGCCUUCCACAUCGGAAUGAAGGGCAUGUUGGUAGGAAGGAUCGUCGCAUCAUCGUCCCAGAAUGUUAUGCGUUCACCCCUGAGGAGUGGGAGGCACUUUUCGGUACUAAACAAUUCGCCAAUACCCAAGCCCCGAGUCGGCUGA